UCUAGACCCAACUUAAGGCAGCAGCAGCACAGAAGUUAAAGACAGCUUAAAUCUGACUUUGUUCACGGGGUUAAAGCUCACCAAACGGGCACAAGCGUCCACCACGCUCCAAACAUGGACGAUUUAGACGCGUUGCUGGCAGACCUGGAAUCCACCACUUCACAUAUCUCGAAGCGGCCCGUAUUUCUCCCAGACGAGACCCCCUACUCCAUCCCGACCGGAGGGCACUCGUAUCAGGAUGUAUCAGCCCCGCCCCCUGUCCCGCCUCCGCCCUCAGCUGAUGCUUUAAAUGGUUCUCUAAUUGACCCACCAGACUCGCACCACUCCUCACAGCAGUCCCUAGGCUCUGCACAGAAGAGCUCAUGGUCCCGGGACAGUAGCAGUUCCCCUCUGUCUCACGGUGAAGAGGACCACGUUUACAGUUUUCCAAACAAACAGAAGUCAUCAGAUCCCUCCACGGCAGCCAUGACCUCCGCUCUGGGUAGUAACCUCUCUGAACUCGACAGACUUCUGCUGGAGCUCAACGCUGUACAGCAGAGCUCCCCCUCUUUCCCCACCACAGAAGAGGCUGCUCCCCCUUUACCAUCCUGCAGCAUCACUCACUAUGAGAACGGCAGUGGCCCAGAGAUCAUGGUGAGCCCUCCACCUCAGGAUAAACCCAAGAGGAACGGGACAAAAGAGGAGACACGGCCCACUGUGGAGAGUCUGCUGGAUGAACUGGAGGGGUCAGUGCCAUCGCCCAGCCCCUCCUCUCACCACAGUGAUUUGGACACACCCUCUCAGCAGCAAACCCGAAUCUCAGCCUCCUGCGCAACAAGAGAGCUGGAUGAACUCAUGGCUUCUUUAUCUGAUUUUAAGCCCAGUUCUUUGGGCUCUGUGCUCGACCCAAUGGGACCCUGCUCCAGCUCUCCCCCUCAUCCUCCAGUGUCUUUCCUAAACCUGACCCAUCCUUCCAGUUGUGCGUCUCCUCUCUUUCCUGGUUUUGAACUUCACAUAGAUGAAGAUGGUCGAGACAGCAGCAUGUCUGUGCCCCACAUGAACCGCCCUGUACGACCUAUUAGUCCUAUGUCCUCAAUUUCAGCAACCAGUGAAUUGGACUUGGACAGUGCUAUAGAUGUCUCUGCUUCCAUGCUGUCAUGCCAAACUAAAAAUCUUCUAGUGCUUUCUCAGUCCACUCACAACUCAAAUCUGCUAAGAAGUAACUCAAGCUCUUCCAAUACUACAACUACAACUCCUUCAAUGACCUCUGUAAAUACAGUUUUGGAUCAUAAAUCAUCAAAGUCCCCCAGUCCGUCUGUAGAAAGAGUGUCACCUUUGGCUGCGGAGAACAAGACUUCUAUUUCCAGUCAUGAUUUGAAUUACUCAAGUCCAAGUCCAUCUAAAAACCUAACUCCGCCCACUUCGGCUCCAAAAACACCUUCACCUCUGCCUGCUGUCCCUCUACUUUCAACAUCACCCUACAAUGGUGGUAAUAUCUCUUCUAUGGUUUUUAGUAGUCCUCCAGUCUCUUGUAGACAUGUUGUAGAGCCAGAGCAUUCUUCAGCAGAACACGCUGAGCCAUCAUUGGAUGAUGAAUUAGACAAGCUUUUAGCAAUGAGUUUUGCCCAUACCACUAUAGAAGAACCCCAAUUAAAAAUGGAUGCCCAGUGUUUAGGAACAGGAAUGGUACAUGAAGAACUCAUUCUGCCUAUGGAUAGAAAUAAUCUCCAGCCAGACACUUUUGCUAGUACCACUAAUACGACCACAGAUGAAUCCGUGGAUGGGAAUGGGGAUUUAGACUGGGCCGAUGAGGAGCUUUCCAUGUCCUUCCAUGACGGGACGCUGACGCCGUACACGGAGAGACUCUACACAGAUGGCAGUAUGACCCCCCUAACUGAGGCCAGCUGGAUGGACGAGUGCAUGACCCCCUCCUCCUGUCCCGGGACCCCAGACAUGGCGCUGGACCUGCCCCUCAUGCACUCUCCAAAUAUAGACCGGGUGUCUGCCUCCGGACAUUUAAAGUCAGUGAUUAGGCGCACCAAGGAAACCUCAAACGUGCACCCCAUGUAUCGAGAUGGAGUCCUGCGGCGCAAAAUGGGACCUAUCAUUGUGAAUAAAAACACGUCCCAGGACCGUCUCAUUGAGGAGCUCCAGGGAAAACUUGGGAUUGGUCGCUCGGAACGCAACCGGCGUAAACAAGCAGACGACUGGCUCACGGAGGGUGUUGUCAUCACCUCCAAACCACAGCGUUUCCGACCCGAGGGGGCCAAUAGUGAUGUUGACAAGAUUAUUAUCCCCCCAGAGUCACCUGUACCGGUCCGAAAGGUUCUCCCUCCCCUCUCUCCCCCUGCCCCGCGACGUCCCCCAGUUACAGAAGAACCAAAAAGACCUAUCCUGGUGCAGCACCAACCUAUUCCAAUCCCUCCUCCACCUCCUCUUCCUCCUUCUGCUCCUCCACAACCUAUUCAUAUCAUGGAGCCUGUCCCAACCCCCCCACGGCCUGUGAAAAAGCCCUCCCCUCCACCUGCUCCUGUACAAGAGCCACCCGUCCCCAAACCAGACCCUCCGCCCCGUGCUUUCAUUGCCCCACCACAGCCUGUCCCACCUGCGGACCCACCUGAACCGCCUAAGGUCCUAGUGUCUGUAGCCUGCCAGACAGAGUAUGACCCCAUCUUCCCACCAAUGCAGAUAAUGGCCCAAGGCAAAGGCGUGCCUGGGGGACCUCCGACUCAGGUGAACAAGCUGGACAACAUGCUGGGCAGCCUGCAGUCUGACUUGAAUAAACUGGGAGUUCAAACUGUAGCUAAAGGAGUCUGUGGAGCCUGCUGUAAACCUAUUGUGGGACAGGUGGUGACUGCUAUGGGCCGCACAUGGCACCCUGAACACUUUGUUUGCACACACUGUCAAGAAGAAAUCGGCUCCAGGAAUUUCUUUGAACGCGAAGGACAGCCCUACUGUGAGAAGGACUACCACAACCUGUUCUCCCCACGCUGUUACUACUGCAAUGGCCCUAUCCUUGAUAAAGUUGUAACGGCAUUGGAUCGGACAUGGCAUCCUGAGCACUUCUUCUGUGCCCAGUGUGGAUCUUUCUUUGGCCCAGAAGGGUUUCAUGAAAAGGAUGGGAAGGCCUAUUGCAGAAAGGAUUACUUUGACAUGUUUGCACCAAAAUGUGGUGGCUGUGCUAGAGCCAUUUUGGAGAACUACAUUUCAGCUCUAAACAGUCUUUGGCAUCCAGAGUGUUUCGUCUGCAGGGAGUGUUUCACCCCGUUUGUUAAUGGCAGUUUCUUUGAACAUGAUGGUCAGCCAUACUGUGAGGUGCACUACCACGAGCGCCGCGGCUCGCUCUGCUCUGGCUGUCAGAAGCCCAUCACAGGGCGCUGCAUCACGGCCAUGGCCAAGAAGUUUCACCCUGAGCACUUUGUCUGUGCUUUCUGCCUCAAACAGCUCAACAAAGGCACUUUUAAAGAACAGAACGAUAAACCCUACUGCCACGGCUGUUUCAUCAAGUUGUUUAGUUAAAGAGCAGAAAGUAUUUACUACAGUUUAGGUGGCAUUUAGAGAGGCGGUUGUCAAAAAGGUCGUCUGUGAUGUUGAACGUGAGAAUUAUGUAAGAGUCAAGUGUGUUUCCUACAAAAUCAGUCAGUGUGUGUAUAUGGCACUGAAAACUGAAAUCAUGAAAACUUUUCUAACGUUAUUUGAAUGAAGAGACCAUUGCCAAAGUUAAACAGAGUAAGUGGUGAGUUCAAGAGUGAUUAAUACAGUUUGUUGUUUUUUUUCAAGUUUUUUUAUCAGCUUUAUGAGACCCAGAGAUUUUGUCUUUAAUUCUUUUUACUUGGCAGUGAAACACUGUAAAGGUGUGUGUUUGAUAUUGCUCACUGGUUGAGUGUUCUUUUUAGAGCCGAUUAUUGUUUUUAUUUCUUUCUUUUAGUGUAUACUUGCACAAAACUGGCUAUUGCUGAUGACUUAUUUCUGGUCAUUGGGAAGCAUUGGUUAAGAAUUGGUCAAAGAUUUGGGCCAAUUUUUCACACAUCAUCCAUGGCAUUUUAAGUAUAAAUAAUU